UGAAAUCUGCAGUGAGGACCAACAGCUAUUAAUAUCCUGCUGUAGAGCGGGUCCGCCCUCCCUCUGUCGGUCUGCUUCUGUCAGGGUCAGUCUCUGCUCUUCUGGACUCCUUCCUUUCCUUUCCGUCUGUCUCUGCUGAACGAAGCGUGUUCAGCACCACCAGAGCAGGACCAGCGUGUAGGAUUUCCCAGCUCCGGGUAUCACUUUCUCCCUGCAAGUUCUGCGUGAACAGUGUGUGCACCUGACCUGACACACCUUGGGAGCUCCAGCCGAUGGGACGAUGGAGCCGUCAGCAGACAGCAGCGCCUCCCCGUUUACUCCUCUGGUGGUGCUGGAGCUGGUCUCCGACACCAAGGAGGAGGCCAUCGCGUGGCUGCUGAGCAGGAUCAGAGACCCGCAGCAGACUGGAGGUGCUGGGUUACUGGUGGAGAAGCUAGGCCCUGGAGUCGGAGGCGAGGAGAAGGAAAAUCCUAACCUGUUCCUGGUGGGUGCCUCCAGGGAGAGGCUGCUGUCUGGUGCUGAGGAUGUGGGCCUCUUCAAGGAGUACAGCGACGGGUCCAUGAGAGGCUUCACCUGCGCCAACAAACACAACUUUAAAGACUUUAAAGGGGAUGGAGACAGCUUCCUGAGCAUGGCUGAGUGUCAGUACAUCAUCAAACAUGAGCUGGACACACUGCGAGCCAAAGAUGAGACCCACGUACCAGGAUACAGCCACGCCAAGCUUUAUCCGGGGAAAUCUAUCGUACGCAGAUUGCUGUCCAAAGGGAUUCUGAUCCAAAUCUUUCCUCUGCACCAUAAAGAAGAACUCAAGAGACUCUCUUUUUCUUGGUAUAAAAAAGUCAAGCUUUCCCUUCAGCCCCUUGAUGAUAUCAGACAUUACUAUGGUGAGGGCCAGGCACUCUACUUUGGCUUUCUGGAGUACUUCACCUUUGCCCUGGUGCCUAUGGCUCUAUUUGGAGUGCCUUACUACCUGUUUGACUGGGAGGAUUAUGACAAAUAUGUAGUCUUUGCUGUUUUCAACGUGAUCUGGUGCACCAUUAUUCUCGAGUUAUGGAAGCGAUUCAGUGCCUCGCUGGCCUACCACUGGGGCACGCUGAGCAGGAAGAAGGCCUUCGAAGAACCUCGACCCGGAUUCCAUGGCAUCCUCGGGUUCAACCCUGUGACGGGUCGGGAGGAACCUCUGUACCCCAACACCAAGCGGCAGCUACGCAUCUACCUGGUGUCCCUGCCCUUUGUCCUGCUCUGUCUCUACCUGUCUCUGUACGUCAUGAUGAUCUACUUCCAGAUGGAAGGCUGGGCGCUGUCCAUCAAUGACCAGGACCCUACAUUCUGGACGGGAGUACUCAUUUACAUCCCCAGUAUUAUCUAUGCUGUGGUGAUAGAAGCCAUGAACCUCAUUUACAGAUAUGCUGCGGAGUUCCUUACAGAAUGGGAGAAUCACCGGCUGGAGUCUUCAUAUCAGAACCACUUGGUCCUCAAAGUUCUCGUUUUUAACUUCUUCAACUGUUUCGCUUCGCUGUUCUACAUCGCCUUUGUAAUGCAGGACAUGGUGUUGCUCAGGCAGAGUCUAGCCACCUUACUGAUCACCAGUCAGAUCUUGAAUCAGAUCAUGGAGGCCUUCUUGCCCUACUGGCUCCAGAGGAGACGCAACAAGAAGAUGAUUCGCAAGGUUCAGAAGAGAAGAACUCUCGGGGACAAAGAGCUUCCUCUGGAGGAGCAGGUCCGGCUGGAGGCCGACAUGAGCACCUACUUGGGUACAUUUGAUGACUACCUGGAGCUCUUUCUGCUCUUCGGUUAUGUGAGCCUGUUCUCCUGCGUCUACCCUCUGUCUGCUGUCCUGGUGGUUCUGAACAACGUCACGGAGGUUUACUCCGACGCCUUCAAGAUGUGCCAGGUGUUCAAAAGACCCUUUGCUGACCCGGCGGCCAACAUUGGAGUCUGGCAGCUCGCCUUUGAGACCAUGAGUGUGAUCGCUGUUGUGACCAACUGCGCGCUGAUUGGCAUGUCGCCACAAGUCAAAGCAUACUUCCCUGACUCCGACACCCAGCUCAUACUGUGGAUAGUGGCCGUCGAGCAUGGACUGCUGGCUUUCAAGUUCAUCCUGACCUUCCUUAUACCUGAUGUCCCCAAACACAUCCAGAUCAAGCUGUCCCGGCUUGAGUUUGAGUCACUGGAGGCUCUCAAGAAGAAGAGGCAGAGCUCUGCAGGAAAAUGCUGGAAGCCUCGGAGCCUAGGAAGGACAUCCAGUGAGAGGAGGGCCUGCAGACUCUGAUGACGGCACUGUUGGAGAGAGGCUCCUUUCUGUAUGUUUUAAAAAGCAAAAUAUUGUUAUUUUUUAGAGUUUUUGGCCUGAUUGUUUUUAUGCACUAUGAAAAUAUGGUUUACCAUUAGCGGAGGAGGCAUUUAUUGUUAUGGUGGACAACAGGUAUUGUGCUGGGGUGGGGUACAACUCUAGGAAUAAAUGACAGGAUUCACGUGGGGCUAAACAGUGGGACGAAUGAGCUUCUGUUCAAAUCUUCUGUACAUGUGAUGGGUAUACCAAAGAGUGUUGAUGAAAAUAACAGCGUUUGUGUUAUUGUGUUCAGUCGCUGGGUUUAAUCAGUGCAAACACGUUCUAAUUAUAAACGGGUUAAAGGUGAUGGUGCACGCACAGUAACCCCUUCAGGCUCCACCUGACAGCCGUCCUUCUUGACUGACAGCACACCGAUUGGAAAGUUGGCGGAUACUUUUAUCCACAGGACUCCAUGUACGGCAGCAAAGAAAGACCAAAAAGUUCCAAAGACUGAAAGCAACACCCGACUUCAUAUACACACAGCUUUCAGGUUCCUUUCAGACGUCCAUGAGGGAACAGGUUUGGGAUUAGUUUGGACUUCCGUACCGUUCCUCCUGCACUGAACUGUUUAAACAUGCCGAUGGUUCGGCCUUUCUCUGCUCCCACAAACGCUAUCACAGUAACAUGAUGUAUAAUCUUUGCACGAGUUAUAUCAUCCGUUAUUCACGUCCAAGGUGGAGAAAUAUGAGAGGAUGUUUGAAGCAGUGCACUCCUGUAACACCCCUGGUGCCUUAGUUUUCUGCUGUUUGACAUAUAAAAAUGCACCGAAGCUGUAGCAGCAGGUUUGGCUGGAUCAGUGUUGGCUUCAAUAAACUAAAAAACAUGCAA